AUGAGAUCCCUCACAGAAGAAGAGACACGGACGCUUUUCACAAAGCUAGCUUCCUAUACCGGCCGCAGUCUCAACACUCUUAUUGCCCCCGCCGAAGAUGGAACCCAGAGUGUUUUCCGUUUGCAAGGAUCCCGGGUGUACUAUGUGAACAAGGAUAUUGCCAACCUGAGCGUUUCAUUUCCUCGCGACGUCCUCCUGUCUUGCGGUACUAUGAUUGGCAAGUUCACUAAGACGGGCAAGUUCCGCAUCAACCUGACAGCUCUCGAUCUCCUGGCGCAACACGCCCGCUACAAGGUCUGGAUCAAAGCCAAUGGAGUUAUGCCUCUGCUCUACGGCGGUUCGGUUUUGAAGGCCCAUGUGGCCAGAUUCAGUGAGGACGUUGCCGAGAACCAAGGAAUUGUAAUCUUUGACAGCAACGACGUUCCCCUGGGAUUCGGAGUUACAGCAAGAUCAUCCGCGCAGAUCGCAAAGUUGGAUCCUACCAGUAUCGCGAUCCAUCGUCAGGCGGAUGCAGGAGAGUACCUUAGAGAGGAGGAUACCUUGUUCACAACCUAA